AUGACAGCUGUCCGGGUACGACUCUGUGGUGGUCUGGCGACUCAUAACCUGUUUAUCCGUCACUACAGCCGCAAACCCAUCUCUCUCAAGCUCCCUGAUCUCGACUUUUCUACUCCUAAAAAACAAAUCAACUUUUGCGACAAAUGUCCCCCUCCAGACAGAGACACGCCGUAUACACGGUUGUUUCCGGCGGAGCACGAAGACGCAAUCGACUACAAGAAAUCCAUGCCUGCAGCGUUCCAUCUGCGCCAUCUGCUCAUCUCCACGGGCUCCCAUAAAUGGCCCAAAGCAAUUGAGAAAGAUGAAGGAACUUUGGCGGGACUGAUUGCAGAAAAACGACACGAGUUUCCUCUGCGAAGUAAAAUGGCCAAGGCGGGGAUUCUGAUUAGUAAUACAACGUUGCCAAGCGAGCCAGGUGUUUCAGAUGUCUCCAGUGCCUAUCUGUUCCCCGACAACCUGUUCAUUCCCGAGAUUCCCCAUCCCAAAACACAAGAGUUUCUGGAUACUCUUUUGGAGCAAAAUGACGAAAUCCGCGCCAUCAAAUUGAAAGAGAAUUUUGGAGCACGUGACAACUCCGCCGAUCUAUGGCUGGUCUGUGGCCAUGCUGAGAGAGACGCCCGAUGUGGAGAUAUUGGCCCGCUGAUUCUGGGCGAAAUGGACGAAAUCAAACAGGAAUACGCUCGUGACACGUCACGAGACUCUCCACGUGAUAUCCACACGGCACUGAUUAGUCACAUUGGCGGUCAUGCUUUUGCCGGAAACGUGCUUCUGUUUUCAGGACAGACAGGAUCCAGUUCCUGGUUUGGACGAGUCCGACCAGAGCAUAUUCAGGGGUUGGUGAAGGAGUGGAACGAUGGUCGAAUUGUCAAGGAACUGUAUAGAGGUUCUUUUGCUGACUAA